GUCCGACAGGCAUGACGGUGAAGAGAAACUGGGUCACCGAUCGAAAAUCGUUUAUGUCACAGUUCUGUGGGUUGCUAUUACAUUGUACCACCGGCUUUCAAUGGACAGACUAAUUUCGCUGGAUUUACUAGAUAAACUGUUUGCAACAGCUGCUUAAGUAUCAAAUAAUAUCAGACGGGACCUGUCACAUCACACUGGAUGAAACCAGGUCAGAUUGAAUCAAACCGUAGUGAGACCAGACAAGCACAAACGGACCAGACUGAUCCAGAAACUACCAGGUCUGUCCAGGAGACCUGUUCCAGCUUCCUAACCAGUUGAGGGCUCGAGAGUGGAUGGAAGGAGAUGAUUUUAACACAGAGGCUGUGAUGAACAUCUGUGAUGACCUGAUGGCAGACCAAAGGAUGGACAUCUCGUCUACAAUGACUGACUUCAUGUCCCCCAGCUCCACCGACCUCAUCUCCAGCUCCAUCAGCACGCCUGGCAUGGACUACACCCGCAAGAGGAAGGGCAGCACCACAGAUUACCAAAUUGAUGGCUUCUCAUUUGAUGAUAUGGACCCAGACAAGGACAAACUGGGAAGUGACCAACAGGGCCGGAUAAAGAAUGCCAGAGAGGCUCAUAGCCAAAUCGAGAAACGGCGACGAGACAAGAUGAACAGCUUCAUCGACGAGCUCGCAUCACUGGUGCCCACCUGUAACGCCAUGUCCCGCAAGCUUGACAAGCUGACUGUUCUGCGCAUGGCUGUCCAGCACAUGAAGACACUCAGAGGUGCUGCCAACCCCUACACAGAGGCCAACUACAAGCCUUCCUUCCUUUCAGAUGAUGAACUGAAGCACUUAAUACUAAGGGCUGCUGAUGGUUUCCUGUUUGUGGUCGGAUGUGACCGUGGAAAGAUCCUCUUUGUGUCUGAAUCAGUGUACAAGAUUCUUAAUUACAGUCAGAAUGACCUUAUAGGUCAGAGUUUGUUCGACUACCUACACCCCAAGGACAUUGCCAAGGUGAAAGAGCAGCUGUCUUCUUCUGACACAGCACCACGAGAGAGGCUCAUUGAUGCUAAAACUGGUCUUCCAGUGAAGACAGACAUCACCCCUGGUCCUUCAAGACUCUGCUCUGGAGCCAGACGGUCAUUUUUCUGCAGGAUGAAGUGUAACAGACCCUCUGUUAAAGUAGAAGAUAAAGACUUCCCUUCCACUUGCUCUAAGAAAAAAGCAGACCGUAAGAGCUUCUGCACCAUCCACAGCACAGGCUACCUGAAGAGCUGGCCGCCAACAAAGAUGGGUCUCGAUGAAGACAACGAGCCAGACAAUGAAGGCUGCAACCUGAGCUGCCUGGUGGCCAUCGGCCGUCUGCAUCCCCAUAUCGUCCCCCAACCCAGCCUGGCAGACAUCAGGGUGAAGCCCACAGAAUACGUCUCCCGGCACGCUAUCGAUGGCAAAUUUGUCUUCGUGGACCAGAGAGCAACAGCCAUCUUAGCCUACCUGCCCCAGGAGCUGCUGGGAACCUCCUUUUAUGAGUAUUUUCACCAGGAUGACAUCGGCCACCUGGCAGAGUGCCACAGACAAGUGCUCCAGAUGAGAGAGAAGAUAAAUACCAACUGUUACAAAUUCAAAAUUAAAGAUGGCUCCUUUAUCACGCUGAGGAGCCGCUGGUUCAGCUUUAUGAACCCCUGGACCAAGGAGGUGGAGUACAUUGUCUCUACCAACACUGUUGUCUCGUGUCCCAUGAUGGAAGGGUCGGAAUACCCCCAGUCUGCUGCCUCACCACAGAGCAUGGACAGUGUGCUCACCUCAGAGGGUGGAGGAAGGCGGGCGCUGCAGACUGUGCCUGGCAUCCCUGGUGGUACAAGAGCAGGAGCAGGGAAGAUUGGACGCAUGAUUGCAGAGGAAGUGAUGGAGAUCCAGAGGAUUCGAGGCUCCUCUCCAUCCAGCUGUGGCUCAAGCCCCUUGAACAUCACCAGCACUCCUCCACCUGAUACCUGCUCCCCAGGGGGCAAAAAGAUUCAGAAUGGUGGGACACCUGAGCUGCCCAGCACGGGGAUCAUUCCUGGACCUGAUUCUGUCGGCUACCCCUACUCCAACCAGUCCAUCAUGAGUGACAACUCCCACCUGAGCAUAGACAUCAUGGACGAGCCCGGUUCCAGCAGCCCCAGCAAUGAUGAGGCAGCCAUGGCAGUCAUCAUGUCCCUGCUGGAGGCGGAUGCUGGCCUGGGUGGCCCCGUGGACUUCAGCGACCUGCCCUGGCCUUUGUGAGGAAGCUGGAAGGGAAGAAGCAGAGGAUGAUUACCUCUGAUAACCAGAGCCACUGAUGGACAGAUUUCAGUCAGGUUGAAUUCUGGCUGCCAUGUUUCUUGCUUUUUGCACACGACUACACUGCAAAAAAUGUCUGUUUCAACAAAUAAGCUAUUAAAUCAAACAGCUGUUGAUCCUGCAGAAUUUUUGUUAAAGAACACCACAAAUGGAGGGGAAGUUAGAGAUCCACCCGUACUCAUUGAUUCAUCAUUCCCUGUGGGUGGAUAAGUGACCCUGAUUUCAGUUAUGCCAACAACAAAACUUAAUUCAAAGUGAUAUUUUUUGCAGUGUCAGUUGCAUGCAGAUGAAAUGCUCCUCAACAUUGCCACGGCGACCAACCAGUACACUCAACAUUAGUAGAGCAAAUUCAAGGAUUGUGGUGCUAAUGUGCCUGCUGAGGGAGUGAGCUCUGUCUAACAGUGGCUCUGGGCCUGGGUUUAUUGCCAGGUCAGCAGCCAGCCCACUUACAACACAGGACUCCUGAGAUGUUCACAAACAGUGCUUAAAGGUCGAUGUGGAGCAGAGUGGUGUUGGGUGGGGAGCACUUGAUUUCAGCCUCCAGCUGCAAACCGCUCAACGUCUCAAACUUAAUGUUCAAGUCUCAUCGUAGGAUGUUGGUGCCGUACAAACAUGGUCGUGGUGCACUCUCCCUACCCAGCUGAUAUUCAACAUGGGAAAAGAACAAAAGCAGAUAUCAUUACAGAUUCACCUGUAAGAUUCUGACAGGUUCUUUAUUCCUAAGUCACAAAUUUCCACAGACAUGUGUACUUAAGUUUAUUUAAAUAAUGACAAAAUCUUUUGUGUAAAAGCCACCUAGCUGCUGUUUCCUCGGCUAACACAAGCGGUAACAAUUUUUUCUCCAACUUUCUCUUAAGCUCAUUUUCAGAAAAUGUUUUAACAGAAGAAUAGAAGAUAGUGUUUUUCAUAAGUUUGAUACACAGCUUAAAACUUGACUUCUGCCUAAAAUCACCUGGAUUACAUUCUGUAAGGUAUGAUGCCCAAAGCGUUUGAUAAAAUGUACCCAUAAUGCUCUCAGUGUUGCAGUCAGAAACUCAUAAGAACCACUGAGCAGAGGUCUUUCAAAGUUGUAGACAGUUCUGCAAGAGUUCAGCUGUAUUCCAGUUCUAGGCUACAUAAAUAAUGAAAGAAGGCUUUUAAAUUUGUCAUUUAUGAUUGAUAAGUAUUUAAAUUAAGUGUAUCCAAAACAUGAAAUGUAUAUAUACAAAAAAAAAAAAACUUUUUAAAUAUUUUCCAGCAAUGAAAAAUUCUAACAGUUAUGGAUGUAGAAACGGCACCAAAACCACAUAAAACAAUUAGGUAAGAAACUACAAAUCAGAAUUUAAAUUACUUUAUGGGUUUCUGUCAAUAUGAGAAAAGGUUUUACAUCAGUUUUCUUUAAAAAGAAUGGUGUGUACAUAGAAAUAAUGGUGAUAAUAAAAUCACAAUUUUAGCCAGUCAGAAAAUGCAUUUAAAUUUCACAAAGAAUCAUUUUGUCCUUUUGCCUUUAUGUUGAGAGGACAAUGCGUAGUGUAGGAAAUUGAAAAGAAAGAGAACAGGGAACAACAUGGGGGAGAGAAGCCCCAAAUCUGAUUUGAAGCCUGUCCGCCCUCUCAGAGGAUGAUAGCUUCUUCACAGGACUCAAUGGAACUGCUAAAUCAGUGGCCCAUUAUUCAUUUUUUUAAGCCAAAGUAACUUUGUGAAUUGUUCAGUGAUAGACCAAAUAUCCCAUCAUAAAAAUGUGUUCCUUUUAUAAUAAUGUACCUAGUAUAAAUUUAUGCUGCACAUACUGUCUAUGUAUGUAGAAUGGGACAGGAAAUAAACUACUGGUCAAAGUGCAGUGAUAUGCUGCCUUCAGAUGGAACCAAUAGCCUGUUGGUUUUGUCACCGAUAUGCCUGAUGAUUUAAUAGCCAUGUUUAAAAAAUGGAAAGUGUCUUGAGAUAACUUUGGUCUUGAAUUGGUGCUGCACAAGUAAAUAUUGAUUGACAUACUAGUUUGGUAAAGUGAAGCAGGAAGACAUAAUCACAAAGGUAAAAGAUGUUUCCUGCAGAAACAUCUUAAAAUGGAGUAAUUGUGGAUGUAAUUAAAGUUGAAUUUAUCGUGCAAGGUUAUUACCUCAAAAGGUGGAUAUUGCUAUCGACCUCAUCCAACGCAUGCUUAGACAUGCUGCAGCCCGAGAGAUAGAUGAAAAAGGACGAUAAAUGGUCCUUGUAGCCCACUUUGUCUUAAAACAACAAAAAAAUAUUUUUCCAUAAAUCUUUGUGAUAAUAUCUGAAAGCAAGACCCCUCAGAUCUACUUAAGGCAGCACACCCAGCACCAUUCCAAAACAAAUACACUGAUGAACAUUUGUUCCAUUAUCAGUUUAUGGACAGGAUACUGUGUUGAACUUUGAAGACCUCUACUUCUGUGUUCAUGAGUUUGUUUUAGUUUUGCUGCAAAAUUACAAGCCCUUAAAGUAGUAUUACUGAGCGUGUCGCUGUGUUAAAACAAAGAGGUGGAAGAAACUCUGAGGACUGUUGCAAUGGGAGCUGAAUGGAGAAAAGGAGGCUAAUUGAAUCAGGUGGGAGCAGCAGCAGCUCAGUGUCCAGGUGUGUGCUUGUGGCUGUAAAGCUGCGCUUGAUGUCUCUCUGCAGAUGUGUUCCAGUCUCUACAGAUAGCAGUAUAACUGCAAACAAAGACAAAUCAAGUUCCUCACUGCCAAUACAGAGGGCUGCUCCUCACACAGGGCUGUCUACAGGUUAACACAGCUGGCAGGUAAAUUAGCAUCAGCCUGCUAAAACAAAAACCUGGUGAUCCGGGUCACAGGGUCUCCACCUGCUCCUCUUUCCUUAACACCUACCCUUAUAAAGCACUUAGGAUGCAGUCAGACUGUUGGUCCAUAAACUCCAUUCAUGCUGAUGGAGGGCUGACUCUAGAGCAGUUUAUGCCCUUUGAAAGUUUUGUUUUUGUUUGUUUUUGCCUUUGAUCUGAAAAUGGACCUAACAUUUGAGUACCUGGGCUUUGUCCUGGAAAAAGCCAAUCAAACUUGUUUUGCCGAGGUAUUGAGAAGUUUAUGAAAAGAAAGUACCUCUGAGGUAAAUUCUGCCGCAAAAAAAGACAGAUUUACAGUUUUUUUAAACCCAGUUAUACAUGAAUCUGGUAUCUAUCAUACUUGACAAACAAAUGUACCAUGACUACACCUGUCAGCAAACUACUUUGUUAGCAGUGAGGGCUUUAAAGUAGGGGACGAGUAUAGAACAGAUAAAGGCGACAGUGAUCCAGCAGAGUAGGACUUAAUACUCAGAACCAAUUGCCAUUCUUUUAUCAUGUCCUGUGACAGUGAACAGGGUAAGGAGGGACGGUCAGGAGCGCUGAAUGGAAUUCUUUAUUUCAGUGUCCGUUUUUCCUCCAUGACGAUGAAUAUCCUCAACACAACCUCUUGAUCUCGCCACUUCUCAGCAGCUUUCAGACCUUUUGUUGCUGGGAAGAGUCAUGCUGCCUGUCUGUAUGGAGGGAAAACUAACAGUUAAUAAAAAAAUGUUUGUUUGCAUUUCAUAGGUUAUUGGACAAGCAUUAUUCUCAAUAUAUUUGACAUGUUUAUAAAUUGUCUAGAGAUAUAGAAAAAGAAAGUGAUAAUUAAAUGUUAGUCAGACUUCACAUUUAAUUUCAAAAAGCCCACCCAGAGUAUUUCAUUUGGCAACCUUAGAAGAUCUUCUGACUUAUGCUUCUUAAUACUUUUAAUAUGUAAAAGUGAGAUGGUACAGGCAAUUUUUUAUGCCAAGUAAGAAGAAAAAAAAGAUCUUUAAAAAAAAUCAACAAAGAUGUUGAACAACACUCAGUGUUUCCCACACAUAGAGAAUGCUUGGAUGGGCCACCCAGGUAUUUUUACAGCCACCCAAGUAAAUUAGCUGAGCUUUUUUUUUCUUCUUCUUUUAAAAUUAGACAUCCACUAGCACAGUGGUUCUCAACGGGUCUUACGCCUGCACCCACUACCUCCCAUAACAUUUUUCAACCAAUCCGCUUUAAAUAACAAAGUUGCAAUUUGGACCUUUUAAUUUUACUGUUCCUCAUAAUAUUGUUAAUUUAGGUUGUUUUUCAAGAGUUCUACAGAAGUGAACUCAUUAUUAUGAGAAAACCAGCUUUUUUAUUCCAAGAUAACAAAAAAAGUAACUCAGGAUCUCGAGAAAACAACCAAGAUUUAUCAGUUGCUGUGACAAAAUAAUAUUAAAUAAAAAUAUAUAUGUGAGUAUAUGUUAUGGGUUUCUAGACACCAUGGACUUAGACUUCUGUUUUCCAUGCAUUAGUCAUAAUGACCCACUGGAAAUGACACUGGAAACUGCUCCUGGGUUGCAACCACUGCUCUAGCACAGCCCCCUGUAAAUACACAGCUUGAGGUGGGAUGUCUCCUGUUAAAAAUGAAUCUUUUCUGCAGAUUUUUGCUGCUUAUAUGAUCCUGUACUCCUGCACUCAUAGGGGAUGGUUGUGAUACCUCAUCUAUAAUGAGCCUUUGCACAUGCAGAUGACCCGCAAUGAUAGCAGAAUAUUAAGUAAAACAUUUUAAAAGGCAAGUGAUGUUAUUUUAGCAUAAUUAUACAGCAUAAUGCUGAAAAAUACUGUCAGCAUACUGUCAAAAAGGAAAGAAUCAGGCAGGGCUGCAUGUCCAACCCUACUGCCUAAAUACAGUGUCAUUCUAUGGUAUGUUGACUCUCAUAGAUGUUCUGAUUCUUCUGGCUGUCUUAAGAGACCGGUUGAACCACCUGAAUAGAAUUUUAGAAAUCAUUGGAAGCAUUAAAGUAAAAGAUCUUAUUUUUAUUCAUAAAAAGGAAAUAGUGAGGGAAAAACCCCUAAUACUCUAAACUGCUGUUUCUCCUGGUGGUUCUAUAUUUAAAGUGAGGAUAUUCUCAAUGGGUUGAAAUGGCCUAAUUCUUGGUUUUGUUAUGUUCAUAGACAUGCAAUGACAGAGUAGUCCUCACUCUUCAACAGCCAUCCCUUUGUCAGCAUUUGUUUUGCAAGGACAAGGGUGGAUUUAAAACGCUAACACUGAUGUGUCUCAUCAAAAUACAGUGAUAGCAUUUCCAGUCAAGCUUCAGUUUCCAGUGUGCAGCAUCUCUCAAAUGUCAUAAUUUCAGGGUGUCAGAGUGUAUAAUUACUUAUAAACUUCUAUUUGGGUACCAGCUGUUCAAAUAGCAAUGAUGUAAAUCCACCAUCUUUUCUUAUCAUGAUUGAAAUAUCCGGAGCAUUCAGAGAAUCACUGAGUUUUGUUCGAUGUCCAAGCUCUUCAAAGUUUGCCAUGGAUUUAUAUGUAUGAAAAAAUGCUGCUUAUCUUAAUGAACUGUGUGUGCUAUGAUACUUUUAGGGAACAAACUGCAUACACAGGAAUCACUCUAUCAAAUUUGUGAUGCAAAAUGUUGCAGGUUGAAGAGUAGCUGUGUUCUGUGUUGCCCAUCUGAGUAUACAGCUCUGUGAGUGUACACAGUUGGAUUGAACCAGGAAUGUUGACAUGAGAACUCUAGCCAGGAUCAUGCUCUGUACCCCUCAUGUCCUCCUCCAAACAGGCAGCAGCUGGCGAGGUCUCCUCUAUAUCUGUUCUAGUGGUUUUCUGUUUCAAUGUUUUUACGCUACACACUACAAUAAGGUGUCCCCUCUGUUGAUAUACCCCUCUCCACCUGACAAUAAUGUAUCAAAUCUUUAAAUAUUAUCAUGUUAAGAGUAUACUUUAUGCAAAUAUAUAUGAGUAUGAUGAGUGUAUUGUAUGUAUCAGCAGUGAAAUAUUUUUAAAAUAAAAUUAUUUGUUUCUGUCAA